UCAGCGGUUAACCUAUAUUUUGUUUUGUCUGUGUCGUGUUGUCUUUUGUAUUGGAAAACGAAAACAAAACAAGAUGUGGUUUAAAAUGAUUGGACGAAUCAAGCUUAAAACAUCGUUUGAAAGUCUUUAAAUAUCUAUCAUGUUUAUUUAGUGAAAAGUGAUGUAUCCAACCAUUUUAAAAUGCCGUGGAAUUAUAGGGAUUACAUUCAACUUGGUCUUUUAGUAUGUUGUGUGCCUUUACAAUUUUAUUUAUCUAGCCAGAAAACUACUACUUCUGAAAACACCAAUCAAGAAGUACUGGAUUUUAUAAAUGAAGUGAGACAUUUUAAACAGACAUGGUUUUCCUUGAAAAAUUGGGAAAAUACUUGGACGAAUAUUCUAUCUUGGUUUGUUACUAAUGUAUUAGGAGUUCAAAAGGACGUUGUUGAUGAGUCGCCUGCUGUUGAAGUUCUAGAGUUUAGAAAGAAACAUGGUUUAAAAGUGAAAUCAAUUGCAGUCCGAAACAAGAGACCCCCAGGUUUAUGGUUCAGAGUGGGACAAGUUGUGGAACACCUCAACGCAAGAUAUAGAGGUGUCAUUGUGGAGUGGAACUACGAUGAUGCAGAGGAAACACAGGUGCCUGUCUACAGAAUUCUUCUGGAUGAAUCCUCCGUGGAGGGAAAUGAAGUUGCGGGAGUUAUCGAUGUCAAACAGGAUCAACUCUAUUUGCUCAAAAACACAAUGAUUAAAAACCGAUUUUUGAAGCAUUACUUCAUUGCUUACGACGGAUCCCAAUACAUACCCCUACGGUGGCUACAGCAACUGUAUCCGAAGGAUUAACUCAUCACAACUUCAUAAAAGGUGCUGCAUUAAGUUUUUUUUAAUCACCUCAGAAAUGAUUUUUGCAUUUUUUACAUCAGCUCGAUAUAAUAAACAUUCAAGCCACAAGACUGAUGUAAUUAUGUUCAGUUCCAUUGUUGUAUACUUACCACUCGAGCGUGUUUUUUUUUUUAUCUUUUCAUAAAAAAUUUGCACAACUACCACCAAACUAUUAUCCAAUAGUCAAUGCUAGUACUUAAUAGCACUAGUAUCAUACUGUAUUGUAUAGUUUGUUUUCAGUAUUAUCAUAAGUCAUACUAUUUUUUGCAAUAUGUACAGUAAUUGUAGCUUGAAUUGUAUAUUGAUGGAUUUUUAACUAAUUCUUAAUGUUUUUUGUGAUACUUAUUUCAUCACAAGCUAUCUGUUUUUCAUAUAUUUAUUGUUGCAUAGUUUUUACUCUCUAACUAUUUUUAUCUUUUUCUUGAGGUACUGUACAUCCAAAAUAGGCUUCGUUCUUUUAUUUAUUUUGACUGUAAAAUGUAUCUAAAUAUGUUGCUCCAAAAAACACAUAGAGUUGGUGUUUGCAGGAGCAAACUUGAUUUGUAAGUGCUCUUUUAUAAUUUUUCCUACAGUUGCCUAACAAUUUACAUGUUCUCUCACUGAUUUGAGAAAGCAAAGUGGCCAAUUUGCCCAUCGGUGAGACAAUGUUAACAUUGUCCCACUCUAAUUACUUUGUCUCACUCACUCCAGAUUUGCAACGUGAAGGCACGAAAUAGUGAGCGCGUAACAUGCAGACUAGGUCGUAUGCGCACGAAAUACGUUGGCAGCACUGGCUGUAAAUCAGCUGGUCAGCUGUUGUACUGUUGAAUCAUUAAAUGUAAUAUUAAAAGUUCACUUCUGUGUAAAAAUAUGUCACGUUUCUUUACCAAUUUAUUUGUUUUAUGGUAACUGUAGGAAAAAUAUAAUGUGCAACUCGAGUGCAAAGUGCAAUUGCCUCAAUCGAGAAACCAAUCCUCACUCGCAUACGGCUCGUGAGUAAGUAAUUCUCUUGAGUGAGUCAAUUGCUCCCUUUGCUCACUAGUUGCACAAAUAACUAUUGUUUGGAUAAUAUAUAACUUAUUAUUAUACCAUCCAAAAGCCAACAAGAGAUUUAAGAAUUAAAAUCAAUAAGAGGAUGCUCAAACUGUGUGCAGUAGGUUAUUAAAAUUAGAGUAGGCCUACCUUAGUUGUAUAUUUUACUUCCUUUACAUAGGCUACCAUACUUUCUGUAAUUUAAUACGCACACCAAUGUGAUUUGUUUGGAAAUUAGUUAAUAACAGAGUUUUUCUGUUGAUUGAGAAUGUUUUAGUUUCUUUUGCAACAAGCAUUUAUAUUUUAUUGUUAACAGGAUUGACAAUUUUCACAUUGUAUUGUCUUAGGUUUACACAAUUAGGCAGAUCAGGGAUUGUUGAUAGUUUGACUAAAUUAUUUUGUGCUGCUGUGAAUUUUAGUUUUGGGUUAAGAAAUUAAGUACUACCUUGGAAUUGGCCAAAGACAAUGUGUCGUCUGAUACAAACUGUAUAAGAAAAUAUUUGAGAUUAGUUAUGAUAUGGUUCAUUUUAAUAUUGGUUGGGAAUGACCACAAAUGAGUUUUCUGUACCCAACUUCCCCUCGCUCUUUUUUUACCCCCUCCACCAUUCAGAGGAACCAAUUUAUUUUUGGAUGUUAAAGUUCUUUUCGUACAUGUCAGCGUUAGAACUCGUUUUUAUUUGUUAAUAAAACAAGUAUUUAAUUCAAAGUGAUUUAUAUUUUUAAAGUUAAAAUAUUAUGUUUUGUGCGGUAGAUUGUGUUUUUUUCUUUGAUUGUAAAAAUAAAAAUAGUGUUAAGAAUCCAAAAACUUGUUCCUCCGAGAUUAUUUUAAGUAGUAUUUUUUGUUAGAAUAACUCACAUAAAGAUAAUAAGGAAAAGUGAUUUGUUUUGUUUUAAGUAUUGUGUAGUGUGAUUGUAUGGUAAUAACUGAAUAAUUUUGUAACAUUUAAAUUUUUGGUUGCUUUAAGUUACCUCCAAUAUUUCCUGGAAUAUAAUUGUACUUCUUAUUGAGCUAUUUGAUAUUGUGAAAUAUAAAAUUUGAUUUAAAAUGUU